AUGGGCAUUGUGAAGACAAAAAGCUUAGCGCGGGGCUACGUAUGGUGGCCCGGACUUGACGAGGCCAUCGAGGCGCAAUGCCGCGAGUGCGGCGUGUGCGCUGCCGCGUCUAGCGCGCCGCCGGCGCACGCGCCGCGCUUGUGGGCGUGGCCGGACAGGCCGUGGACUAGGAUACAUCUCGAUUUCCUCGGUCCGAUCCGGGGGAAAACAUAUCUAAUCGUUGUAGAUGCCUACUCAAAGUGGAUCGAAAAUAUAGGGAUGAAUGGCACUUCAGCGGCUGCGGUAAUACGUGUGCUUAGGGAAUUAUGGUCUAGAUUCGGCAUUCCGAAACAAGUAGUUAGUGACAAUGGGCCUCCGUAUUCGAGUACAGAAUUUAAAAAUUUCCUAUCAUCGAAUGGCGUAGAUCAAGUACUCUCGGCGCCGUACCACCCGGCUUCCAACGGAGCCGCCGAGAGCGCAGUAAAAAUAUGCAAAGCGGUAAUUAUAAAAUCUUUUAAAGAACAUUUAGACGCGGAUACCGCACUGUGUAGAUUUCUUUUGCAAUAUCGAAAUACCGAACAUACCACGACAGGAGAGAGUCCUGCGAAACUGUUGCAGGGACGUUCGCUGCGAACUAGGUUAGAUUGCUUAAGACCGGAUCGUGGGGAUCAUGUCCGAGCGGCACAGGAGCGGCAAAGGCGCGCGGCGGGCGGCGUCGAGCGCGAGCUGCGCGCCGGCGAUCCCGUCUGGGUACGACAGUACCGCGGUGACGAUAAGUGGAUGCCCGGCACUGUACGAGAUAGGCGCGGAGAUACUGAUUAUAUUGUAGACACUGACAAUGGAACCGGGAUUCAUAGGCAUAUCGAUCAAUUGAAGAGCAGGAGGGUAACGCUAAAUAACGGGGGAGGUAGUGUAGCUAAGCGCAAUUCGCUGGUGUUUCCUGGUAAUGACGAGUUGGUUGCCCGGCCGGACGUUGAGGAGCCAAGUGAUGAGAUGAGCCGGCCCGGCAGUGGCGAUGAGCACGAGCGUGAGCGUAGCGCCGAGCCGGUAGCGGCGGCGGUUUCGGCUGCGUCCCCAACCGCGCACACAGCGGCUCCAUGUACCGAUAGAACGCCCAACAAGUCACCUGAACAAUCAUCUAGGUCUGGGGCCCAAUUGCCUUCUGGCAGUCCUGUCAAUGCGCCCAGGGUACCUAGACCCCGCAAGCCCCCGUUUAGAUUCGGGUUUGAAGAUCUCUUUGUUAUCAGUAAUACUUAA